AUGCAGCAACCUGCUGCCUUCGGAGGGCUUGCUGCGGCCCCAGAAGCAGCAGCAGCUGCAGCAGAAACUGCAGCAGAAGCUGCAGCAGAAGCUGCAGCAGCAGCAGCAGCAGCAGCAACGUCUGAAGCAGUAACUGCAGCAUCGUCAUCAGCAGCAGCAACACCUGCAGCAACACCACCUGCAGCAGAAGCACCUGCAGCAGCAGCAGCAGCACCCGCAGCAGCAGCAGCACCCGCAGCAGCAGCAGCGCCUGCAGGAGCAGCAGCGCCUGCAGCAGCAGCAGAGCCUGCAGCAGCAGCAGAGCCUGCAGCAGCAGCAGAGCCUGCAGCAGCAGCAGCGCCUGCAGCAGCAGCAGAGCCUGCAGCAGCAGCAGCACCCGCUGCAGCAGCAACACCCGCAGCAGAAGAGCCUGCUGCAGCAGCACCCGCUGCAGCAGCAACACCCGCAGCAGAAGCGCAUGCAGCAGCAACGCCUGCAGCAGAAGCGCCAGCAGCAGCAGCGCCUGCAGCAGCAACGCCUGCAGCAGAAGCGCCAGCAGCAGCAGCGCCUGCAGCAGCAGCAGCACCCGCAGCAGCAGCGCCUGCAGCAGCAACACUACCAGCAGAGCCUGCAACAGAAGCGCCUGCAGCAGCAGCACCAGCAGCAGCAGAAGCAACAGCAGUACCUGCAGCAGCAGCAGCACCCGCAGCAGAAGCAGCAGCAGCAGCGAUACCAGCAGCAGACGCAGCAGCAGCAGCACCUGCAGCAGAAGCAGCAGUACCAGCACCUGCAGCAGCAGCAGCACUAACACCUGCAGCAGCAGCAGCAGCAGUAACACCUGCAGCAGAAGCAGCAGCACCAGCAGCAGCAGCUGCUGUAGGAGCAGCAGCUUUAGGUGCUGCAGCUGCUGCUGCUUCAGAUGCGUCAGCAGCAGCAGCAGCAGCAGCAGCAACAGCAGCAGCAGCAGCAGCAACAGCAGCAGCAGAUGCUUCUGUUGGUAUAUCUCCGACCAGUAGCGAAAGGGAGCCCACGGUCUGCACCCCCAGGAGCAGCAGCAGCAGCAGCAGCAGCAGCAGCAGUAGCAGCAGCAGCAGCAGCAAGGGGAGCAGCACAGCAGCAGCAGCAAGAAGAGCAGCACUGGGGGCGAGGCUGCUGGCUGAGAAGUACUGGAAUGCGAAGGUGGUUGGGGGGGAUGCAGAGCAGCAGCAGCAGCAGCAGCAGUUGCUGCAGCAGCAGCAAGGGGGAGAAUCUCCUGUGUCUGGAUCACUGCAGCAGCAGUUGCUGCAGCAGCAACUGCAGCAGCAGCAGCAGCAGCAGCAGCAGCAGCAAGGGGGAGAAUCUCCUGUGUCUGGUGAUGGUGUAUCUGUCUUCGGCCAAGGAUCAGGGGAGAAUCUCCUGUGUCUGGUGAUGGUGUAUCUGUCUUCGGCCAAGGAUCAGCAGCAGCAGCAGCAGCAGGAGCAGCAGCAUCUCCUGCAGCUGCUGCUGCUGCAUCGCCUGCAUCGACCCCAACCCCUGCAACAGCAGCAACAGCAGCAACAGCAGCAGCAGCAGCAGCAGCAGCAGCAGCAGCAGCAGAUGUAG